UGGUUUGCUAUUAGAUCUAUGACUCAUCGUGGCUGUCACUUUGCGGGUGAAUUUGUAUUUGUUGUGAUGUUUACGCAUUGAUUUGUAUCAUAAAAAACGUGUGAUAAAACGUGAAAUGAGAAGAAAAUCCAAUGAUUAUGUAAUUUGAUUAAAAAAUUUACCAAAUAUAUAAGUACGUAAUCGAAUAUUAAAGACAUAAUCGAACGGUCACAGAUUGUGAAUUAUAACCUAUUUAAUUAUGAUGACCAUGGAAUUAUUAUUUGGAAUACAAAUAAAUUCUGAGAUGGUUAUGCCGAUCACGUUGAGUGGCAUAAAUCUAAAAACGAAAGUGGAAGAGCUGAAACGGGAAGCCGCGGGAAAAUGGAACCUGUCCAAGGAUUCGUUGGAAUUCAUUUAUUGUGGACUUAUACUUGAGGAUGAUGCAACAGUAGAAUCCAUUGGAUUAAAAAAUGGAUCAAUGGUGCAUGCACUGAGAAAGAAGGAACCAGAAUCACCAGUACCAAAGAGAUUUAUAUCAGAAGAUUGCAUUUUACAGCUGUCAUCAGCAUUUAAAGCUUUUAAUGAGACACCUGCAUAUAGAAGCGCUCUACAUCGUUUAAGUAAAAGACCAGAGGUGAUAGACAAUAUUAUAUCUUCCUCUCCUGGAUUGCAUGAAGAUUCUGUCGCCAUUGCUAUGUUACAGGAUCCAGAUUUAAUGGCACAUUUCACAGAUGUUAACACUGUGAAAAGAAUAGCAGAGUUGCAUCCGGUACUAAUCGAGGCAGCGCAAAAUAUCGCGGCGGCUGUGCACGAGGAAGCGCAAAACGCAGCCUCCAGCGGCUCCUCCAGCAGUUCGAUGGCUAGUUCGCAACCUACUACCGCACGCUCCUAUAGCGUGGAUAACAUGAGCCUGGAGGAGGAGAUGGCGCGUGACAUCGCACACUUUUUCGCCACGCAUCCUGUAAACGAUAACAACUUGCGUUUUCCCAACAUGCCGGCCGCCGCGAAUUCGCAGGCGUCUCAACGAUCGGACAAUCCACCGUCCUCCACAUCCGGUGGUGCCAAUCAACCUGUGACUGGCAACCAGAGUACCGGAGGUGUGAUUACAUCUCAAAUGUUUAUGGAAGCAAUGAGACAAGCCGCACUCGCGACCAAUCCAAACUCGCAACAAGCAACCGCAUCCCCGAUGGCUUCCCUGCCACCGAUGUUACCGUCAUUUUCACCUCCGGUCACCGAUUUGCAGCGGCAAUUGGCACAGAUGCAUGAAAUGGGUCUCCAAGAUGAUACGGUGAACAUUCAAGCACUGCAAUUCACCAAUGGUGACGUGCAGGCGGCGAUCGAACUCGUAUUUAGCGGUUUUAAUGAUAAUUAAUGGACAGCAAGAACAAUGGGACAAGAGUUGUAAGUGAUUACAUUUUGUAUAAAUAAUGUCUUCAAAUUUUUAGAUAUCUUAAUUUAGAUAUCUGUGACACUAUUCUUGAUCUAUAGUGUGAAUCAAUGAACUAUAUAUGUAUAUAAAACUCGUAUACAAGUAUAAAAAUUAUUGUUU